AUGCUCAACGUAGGAUUGAACGCAGAUGCCCGUGUUUUGGUUGACCAUGCUCGUGUUGAGUGCCAGAGCCACAGAUUGACAUUCGAGGAUCCGCCAACGGUAGAGUAUGUUGCCCGGUACAUAUCCUCUCUGCAACAACGAGGAGGCGCCCGUCCAUUUGGCGUGUCCGGCCUGCUGGUUGGCAUUGAUCCCGAUGGUACUCCGCGUUUGUAUUUGACAGAGCCAUCUGGAACGCACACAGAAUGGACAGCAAAUGCUGUUGGAAAAAAUUCUUCCACCGUAAAAGAAUUUCUAGAAAAAAACUACGACAAAAUGAUGGAAAAUAUGGAGAACGCCGAAGGUGCAGAAGAAACAAUAUCUCAUUCCUCCACAGCCCACUUGGCUAUUCGCUCUUUACUCGAGGUUGUGCAAACAGGUGCAUCUUCGAUCGAUGUAGCUAUUCUUACAAAAGAACCAUCCAUCGCCUUUCUUUCCGCUGCAACCAUCGAAUCGAUUAUCCAGUCAAUCGAGAAGGAAAAAGAGGCCGAAAUGGAGAGAAAGAGAAGGCCUCUGAUCCRACCCUAA